UGAUGCAUCUGUACUCACUUAGCAUGUAUGUUAAAACUGCAUGGUAAACUCAAGAUGCUAACCACACUUUUAUCCCAUAUUACAUUCAGAGACUGGAAUCCAAAUAAGUCACUAGUCUCUUGAGGCAGCAGCACCGCCAACAAUCCUACAGCUCUGCGCCUUCUCCAUGGGUAGAAUUUAAGAAUACGAUUAAAGCUGCGUUCCUAAGCUACUUUCAACUGGAAUCAACUGGAUGUAUUUCCAAAUAAACAUGCUUACGACUAGAGGGGAAAUCCUUUGUUUUUCUCUCUUUUGCAGGAGGGCCAUGGUGUUCUAUGGGAAGUAUGCAGCUCUUGCUUUUGCCAUAUUGUCUGUAUCACUGAAUAUUCUACAUUCAGUGCCAGAGCGAGAGUUCCUCACUCCAGGCUGCCCUGAAUGUAAACUAAGCUUGCAUGCGCACAUGACGGAGCUGUUCAAUGGGCGACCUAUUUAUCAGUGUGUAGGAUGCUGUUUCUCAAGGGCUUAUCCCACUCCCAUGAGAUCUAAGAAGACAAUGCUGGUCCCAAAGAACAUCACAUCAGAAGCAACAUGCUGUGUGGCAAGAGCCUUCAAACAGGCUCCCAUUCCAAAUCAUGAACACACAAAGAUAGAGAAUCACACAGAUUGCCACUGCAGUACUUGCUACUAUCAUAAAUCUUAAGACCUUGGUGAAUGGACCGCCGAUGACAACGAAUGAUUUUAUUUUAUUUGCAUUCAUAGCAGUAUUGUAUAAGAUCAUAACUUUUCUGAUUGAAAAAAGGAAGCUUUGAGCUUACCUACUAUGAUGUAUUCCCUGCUGUUCUGUUUCCUCUUUACUUCAUCACACAUUGAGUGAAACAGUCAAAUAUGUUUCAUUAUUUCUCCUAGAAACCAAAUAUAGAAUUUUGCAUGACAA